AUUAACACAUUUUAAGUGCAAACUCUUAAAAAACUGCUUAGUGCAACAGCUCUUCAUUGAUAUAAAAAAACGGUUGAUGAAGCCAUCCAUCAGUUUUUAUAAAGACGUCAAGCCGGACGGUUGUGGGACUAGAAUUAACAGCGGAUUUGUUAACAAUUAAACUUAAUAAUAAAAAUUGUAAUUUAAUUAGUUUACAAUUAAUUAUUAUAAUAAUACGAAAACAAGCAAAUUACGUGAAUAAAUAAUAAUUGACGCGUAUACCUUAAAAUGGUCGAAAAAGUGUUUAGGAAUGAUCGACUCACAAGUGCAACUGAUUCAAAUACAAGCGAUUCCACAGAUAGAACAAUGGAAUUACAUUAUGUCUGCGAUAAGUUAGAACAAUUUCAGGAUAACAUUGUUAAGGAUAUCGAAAAGCGCAUAUCGAGUAUUAGAGAUGAAAUAAUGCAACAGAUACGUCAACGUGAUUUACAAAUAAAUGAAUUCAAGCACUUCGCUCAGUCACCCAUAGAACGAAGACAACACUCUACCACUUGGAGUAAUCGCACUUUAAAGGAAAGUGAUAGACAUGUAACAGAUAGUACUCUAGAUAGAAAUGUUGUUGAUUCAGCACAGUCCAAAAGAGACUGCUCUACGAAAAAUACCACAAAACGCAUGCUACCUGAUAAGAUUUUUGUGACACGUGAAUCAUACUUAACUGCGCUUUUGGAAGUCGAUCACAUGAAAGCUAUAUACCACAUAUUCUAUAUAAUAUUGUUCGUAUUUUUUAUGAAUAGCAUAUGUCACGACUAUUUUGUGGAGGGGAGAGUUAAUUUUGGUCUGGGCACUUUUAAAUCUGGCCUAAAUAAAAUACACUACGUUUUGGCAAUUUGGUUGGUCGAUCAUGUAUUCAUUUUCGGACUUUAUUAUGCAUUUAAGUGUUGGGCCUAUAUACGUGAUAAGCUACACAAGCAAGACAACUUAUUACGUCUUUGGUCCAUCUGCUGUUUAGUUGUUUAUGUAAGCUUCCAAUUACUUUUCGGGUAUAUAGCUUCAGCAGCUUGUCUCAAACUGGACUUACCAUUCGUGACAGCAUCUGUUCUCUUAUUAGAGAGCACACGUCUGUUGAUGAAAAUGCAUGCAUAUGUGCGCACCAAUGCCGCAAGAGUUGUUACCGGAAAAUUAAAGUCGGAACAGAAAACACAGAGUUUAUCGAAUUUACCGCCGUUCAGCUGCUAUCUAUAUUUUUUAUUCGCGCCUACAUUGCUUUAUCGUGAUAGUUAUCCGCGUACCACACAAAUUCGUUGGAAGUUCGCCAUAUCUCGUUUAAUGGAAGUGGUGGCUACAGCAUUCCUCUAUAGUUACAUACAUGAACGCCACAUCAAAGCUAAUUUUCACGAUUACGGUAUUGAAGAGCUUAAUUUUUCCACAUUGAUUCCAAAGUUGUUUGGUAUGAUUAUGCCCAGUAUUGUUAUGUUCCUUAGCGGAUUCUAUUUGAUAUUACAUUCGUGGCUUAACUUCACUGCUGAGCUGUUACGCUUCGGAGACCGCAUGUUUUACAAGAAUUGGUGGACUUCAUCUUCGUUGGAAGCUUAUUAUAGGGACUGGAACAUUGUUGUUCAUGAUUGGCUUUAUGAAUACAUCUACAAAGAUUUCAUAAAUUAUGUUUUCAAAGGAUCCAAAACAGCUGCAUCGCUUACGGUGUUUCUGAUAUCAGCCAUUGUACAUGAGCACAUAAUCUCAUUCGCUCUGCAGUACUUCUUUCCGGUAAUGUUUGUAUGUUUCGCAGUUAUAAGUGUGCCACUGAUAUUCUUAACACGCCAAGCGUUCCAUAAAGCAAAAAACUUUGGUAACUUAUUUCUCUGGGGCUCUUUAAUAAUUGGCAACAGCAUAGUUUUUUCGCUUUACAGUAUGGAGGUGUACGCACGGCGAAAUUGUGCUAGAACGAAUAAUAGUUGGGUCGAUUUGUUAAUUCCAUCAGUGUGGAGCUGUUACAGAUCUUAACUGUUUAUUCACCGGCAAGAUUGUGAUACAAAUAUAUAAUUAAGUUUUUUCUACUUUUCAUGCAAUACCUGUAAAGUUUAUGAUGUCUAUAAUUAAUAUAAUUUAGUUACAAAAUUUUUAAUAUUGCGCAUUGACGUUAUAGUUAUAGUAAUAAAAAUGUAGAUUAAGUCUUAUGCAAUAAGUUGAGAAGUAUGUUUUUAUAUUAUUAUUUAUUUUAA